AUGAGGCGCAUUCGGAUCAGGUUCCGCCUGUUUGUUCUCUUCGCCAUGCCAGUACUGGGAGUCAUUCUCAUGUUAGGCUACAGCGCUCUGUCGCUAGCGGAUCGAGAUCUACCGUGGAACGACCCGGCGGUCCACAUGAAAUACCGCGUUCACCACGCUGUCACCCCCGCGGCCUGGCCCAGCUUCAACCUCAUCCCCAAUGCCCGUAACACCAGGAACAUCGCCCGCCGAGUACCGGGACCAGUAGCUAAGGGUCUGCCCGGCCGGUGGCUGCACCAACGCGGCAACAUGGGCCUGACCAGCUUCAGGACCUCCACUCUCUCACUGGUUCCGGCCACAGUCAAAGAGGGACAGAUGUUUCGCGUGAUGAUAGAGGCACGCGACCAGAAUAAUCGACCGCGUAAUAUGGGCGGCGACUUCUGGUGCGCCACCCUCACUACCAAGGGUGGAGGCUACACGGCCGGUCGAGUGCUGGACCACUCCAACGGCUCGUACAGCGUCUACUUCUUCGCCGGCUGGUCGGGCACGGCCAACAUCGACGUCACGCUAGUCCAUCCCAGUGAGACCGUGGACUACCUUGUGCACACUGUGUGGCACGCCUACGACCGCAUCGUCUGGCUCGGAAGGUUCGAGGAAGGGGACAAGAAGUCCACCACGACCUGCGUGCUCAGGCGGGGAGGGCCCUGGACGGGCAAGUGCGAGCUGUCGCACCCGUACGCCCUUGGCAAAACGGUGCUUCUCUGCGAUCAACCCGCCCACGGGCUGAAGUGUGACUCCAUCGUGGCAGUCUACAACAACAACACUCGCAUCCGAGAGAGGGCGUCCGAGCUAACAGCGGGAAAGGAGCAUUUAUUUCAAGGCGAUUACUACUCGAGGAAAUUGAAGGAUACUCCAAAAACUAUCAACAUUGCAAACACAACCACUUCAAACAGGGAUCACCUGAUGAGGCAGAUACCAGUGUGCGAGCCGGACCAGCCCAGGCCACUCAGCUCCGGCUACUGGCGAGACUCUGAAACGUGGGUGUCCCUCGCUUGCCGAAGCAGACAGAAAAUGAACAUCUCGUGA